AUGAAAUUGGGAGGAUCAAGCAGAAAUGGAACGAGACAUUUACAUGAUCACUUCAAGAUUUGUCCUCUUAGAAAGAAUCGUGAUAUAAAACAAUCAAUCUUGAAUCCAAGUAGGAAGAAGGAUGGAAGUACUUCUCUUGCUGCCCACAACUUUGACCAAGAGUUUUCAAGAGAAAAAAUUGCUAAGAUGAUUGUUUUGCACGAGUAUCCACUCAAUAUGGUUGAGCAUGAUGGAUUUAGAAGCUUUGUCAACUCUCUCCAGCCAUUAUUCAGACAUGUAUCUCGAACUACUAUUAGGAGGGAUAUUUUGAAGAUAUAUGAGAAUGAAAAGACCAAGACAAUGAACUCAAUGAAUGACAAUCGUAGUAGAGUUGCGAUUACAACUGACUUGUGGACAUCAAAUAAUCAAAAGAGAGGGUAUAUGGUGGUGACUGCACAUUAUAUUGAUGAUUCUUGGAUUUUGCGUAAUCGAAUUAUCAGGUUUAUAUAUGUGCCCGCCGCUCAUACUGCUAAACUUCUAACAAAAGUGUUGAUGGAGUGUUUGAUUGAAUGGUCUAUUGAGCGUAAGUUGUCUACCCUUACCUUAGAUAACUGUACUGUGAACAUUGCCAUGAUGGAUCAAAUGAAAGAAAAAUUGAGAAAUGCUUCUUUACUAAUGAAAGGGGAACUACUUCACAUGAAAUGCUCUGCUCAUAUCUUGAACUUGAUUGUUCAACAAGAACUAGGGGCAAUUCAAGGUGCCAUAGAAACUAUACGUGAGAGUGUAGUUUUUUGGACUGGCACUCCAAAAAGAGUUGAAAAGUUUGAAGAGGCUAAGAAAGGAUUAUCAUGCUCUAGCAACAAAAGCUUCUAA